AUGAGUCAAGAAAUUUUUGUUAGUGAUGAUGGUAAAAUAAAAUUAUUAAAUGGCAGAGAGGAAGGCAUGAGAUUAGUGAAUUCUCAAACCAGACAAAUCGUCACUCAAUAACCAGCGAUUGAAUAUUCAUCAUAGAGAAUGAGAACUCAAGAGGAAGCUCAAAUUCUAUAGACUCAACAAUUACCUCCUCCCAGAAUCUAAAGUCAAUAGGUUUUAAGAUAAAAUAUCUCAAUCCCUUAAGUCUCUUAUCCUGGCACCUAUAGUGUUUAACAAAAUUGUCAACAAGCACCACCACUGUGCAUGAACAUUGUAGUUGUUUCAAAGGAGGAAAUCGAAACUCCCUGGAGAUUGGAAUGUGAAUAUCUUUAGUCAAUUAUUGCUGAUUUGGAGAGAAGAAAGGAAGCCAAAGUUGUCGAAAAAGAAGUAGUCAAAGUUGUCACAGAUAACACAAGAAUUGAAUAAUUAGAAGCUCAAUUAUUACAAUUGCGUAGAGAAAAUGAUCAACUUAAAAAUUAAAUGAUGCAAAUGCGAAAUAGCUAUGAGCAAUAAUUGGAUUCCCUAAGAGGAGAUGUAAACUUACAUAGUGCCAAUGCUGCUGAUUCUGCUUCAUUACAAGCUGAAUUCUAUGCCAUGAGAACUUAAUUGGAAGAUUAGAUUGCAGGAUUAAGGAGAUAAAUUUCGGAUCUAGAAAUUCAAUUAAGUUAAUCACAAUAAGAAAACGAUAGACUCAAACAAUUAUUAUCAAAUAGAGAUGCUGAAAUCUAAUAACUAAGAUUACAAAUAUCAAAAUUAUAAACGAAUGCUCAGGAUACAAGUUAGUUGAGAGAUUUAGAAAAUCAAUUGAGAUAAUCUAAAGAUGAAAACUCCAGACUCGAAAGAUUGUUAUAAUAAGCGAAUCAGGAUAUCUAGAAUUGGAAAAACAAAUGCGCACUUAUUGAGUAGGAAUCCUACACUAAAAAUAAUGAACUCAUUAUGUAAAUAAGAGAUUAUGAAAAUAAAUUAGCUUUAAUCUCUACUGAUAUUGAGAGGCUGCAAAUAUAAAUCAGAAACAAAGAUGCCGAAUUAAAUGAAUGGAGAAUGAGAUAUACCGAAUUAGAAUCCUAAGGAACUACUGUUAUUUAGGAGAAAGUCACCUAUCUCUCAUAGGAAGUUGAAGUUUGGAAGUCUAAGUUCAUUAAAACAAACCACGAGUACAAUAAGUGUUAGGAAGAAUUGACUAUGUGUUAAGCAGAAUUAGAAUCCCUUAGGAAGAGUGGAUCAAAGAGAGAAGUUGUUGUCACCCAAAGAACUGUUACCUCAAGGGCUGGUAAUACUUUAACUGUUACUGGGCCAACUGGAUCAUAAUCUUAGAUUAAAAGGACUGGCCACUAGGAAUGAUUCAUUUAUUUAUCUAAGUACAAGUAUAAUUAC